ACCUGUGUUUGUGUUUUCGUUUGCUGCUUUUCAUGACUUUACCAAUUUAUGCCGUGAUAUUAAUCAUGAUUUCAGUGGCACUUGUUGGGGGAUACAUAGUCACCUCCCUGGUGUUGCUGAAAUUCCCUGGACUGCUUCACAAACGAAAACAAACGAAAUUUCGGGCUGUUCAUAUCAGCCACCGAGGCGGUGCUGGGGAGAAUCUGGAGAACACAAUGACAGCCUUCAAACAUGCAUACAGCCUGGGGACGGACAUGCUGGAGCUGGACUGUCACAUCACCAGGGACGGUCAAGUUGUCGUAUCGCACGACAACAAUCUUCUCAGAACCACCGGCAAAGAUGCUCUCAUUUCAGAACUAGACUACAAGAACUUACCAUGUCUCAAGCCAGAGCUGAAGGUAGAUUUUGAAGGCAAUCACUUCACACAGGGGUGUCCAGAAGACAGACGAAUACCUCUGCUGAAAGAGGUCUUCCAAACUUUCCCAGAACUUCCAAUUAAUGUAGACAUCAAAGUAGAUGAUGAUCAUCUCAUUCAUGAGGUGUCGAGGUUGGUAAAAGACUUUCAUAGAGAAGAUCUGACAGUAUGGGGCAACAGAAGUAUAACCAUAGAAAAGAAACUUUAUAAUGAGAAUGCCAACAUUCCACUGAUUUUCUCCAUCAGAAGUGUAUUAAAUCUGUAUCUACUGUUCUACUCUGGACUCUUACCUUUCGUUCCCAUCAGGCAGACAUUCUAUGAAGUUAUAAUGCCUGCCAUUUUCCUCAACCCAGAUAAGUUUCCAGUGAUGCAGGCCAGGAAGAGCAGAUGGCUUGUGAAAGUUUUAGAUUUCUUCCUCAUGCGACCAACUCUGAUCAGACACUUGGAGGCCAGAGGAGUUCAGACAAACCUGUGGGUAUUGAAUGAGAUGAGUGAAUUUGAGCGAGCGUACAAACUUGGUGUGACAGGAGUGAUGACAGACUUCCCGACAAAACUUAACCAGUUUCUGGAAGGCCACCCAGAGUACAGACACCGGAGACAAUGACACAAACUUCAUGUAGCAACGCACCAAUAUGUAGGCAAAUCACCAAGUGUCACUGACUUGUAAGCACAGGUGUGGUUAUUUCUGUCUUUGAUGUAUUUCACAAUUCUUUUACAUGACAUUCCAAAAGCGGAGAAUUUUUUUUGUCUUUCAAAAUUUCACCUUUACAUGUUUGAAAGCACAUUGAAAAAAUGUUGAUGUAGAUUUAAAUAUUUUAGAUGAUAUUUUUUACUCCUGUAAUUGUCUUCUUGAUGCUAGUUAGUUGAUUAUAAAUCAUGUUUAGGCACGUGACCAGCUUAUUUUCACUGUGACGAAGAAAAAUUCAAAAAAUAGAUCUGCCCUUGUACUUAUUUUAGUAAUUUUAGAAACUGUAGAGGUAUCAGAAUUAAACCUGGUCUGAUAUCAGUGUGAAUGUUAUUUUGAAGUCAUGUUUAAAGUGUACCCACGUUACCAGUUUACUCUCACUGUGAUGAAGAAAAGCUCUGGAGUAGAUUUGCCAAUGUACUUCACGUCUAGUUUUAGUAAUUUAUGGGUAGAAACUGGAGUAGAUCUGCCAGUGGUGUAAUUUUAGUAAUUUAUUGGUAGAGACUGCAUUCCUGGUUAGAAAAUAUGUAGUUGUUUGGCAUGGGCUAAUCUUAACACCGAAAUGGAACGUUCCAAGUUCAAAAAUUUGUUUUGUUUGAUUGAUUGGAGUGAAAUUGUUUGUUUGAGCCGAGGUACUUAUAUUGACCAAAACAUAUACUUAAUCUUCAGGUCCUCACAUCAUUAUUAUUAGAGAAACAAAUACUUUUUACAGAGGAAAGUGUAAUACAGUGGAGAUAAAAGUUUAGCUAUUUGUUCAGGUUUUAAUAACAGUACAGGUAAAACAACUUGAACUUUAUCAUCAUUUACUUAACUCACACAACUACGAGUCUCUAAGUCAUUCUUGUGUUUUACUUAAUCAAUAGACAAUUUUUGUCAUUUUUAAAAGUUGAGGUUUGUCAAAGUUGAUUGUCAUAUACUUAAAUGUUAUGUCAUACGAUCAAGCAUAUUGUGUUUCACCUAACGUUUAGCAUUUUUCAAGGGACACACUUUGCUUGAUUCUCAGUGAUUCAUUCACCUUAAGAGACAACUUUUUGUGAAAUUUGAUCAAUUUCUUAUCAGAAAAACUUAUGUGUUGACAUCAAAACUGUCAUCUUAACGUGUUAAUAUGCUGCUGAAAGUGAAUUAUUACAGGCCAAACUCUAGGUGAAAUACAGUAUUUUAAAUGCAGGGCAAAGUGACAGAAGCCAGUAAGCCGGUAAGUUGGAUUGUAAAAGAAGACAGCACGUAGCUAUUUGGCGCAUGUAUUUCCUGAGUCUUCACCAGUUGAACUUUUGCCAUUAAUUUGAAAACUUAGUCUUUCAUCAUUUGUUCAUUCUUCAGAUUGUAUCAUUGUUCAUUUGGAUUUUGAAUUAGUAUGUGUUGUAGAGUUUUUAAUUUAGAAUCCUGUUUAUAGUAGAUUGCUUUUCUUUUUAAAUUGUAGCACAUAUAAGUUACACUAUGAUUUAAUUUUUUAUUUUUUCACAUUAACAAUUAGAUAUGAUUUUAAGAUUGAUAUUUUUACGGUUUAAAGGUAAACAAAAACAGAGAACUGCCGACAUAGUAAAUUGUUCAUGUUUUACUUUCAUCUGCUGUUAAGAAAUAUGCAGAGUUAUUUAUUACAUUUAUUAAGGCCUACCACGUUUAUUUUAUUUUCUCUAAGAAAAAAAAGUGGAAUUGAGGUUGACAAAAUGGGUGGGGCCACUAUUGUGUGUGGAGUUAAAGAUGAGCUGCAUGUAAAUGGGUGGGACCACAGGCUCAGAACUCAUGAAUUCUCACCAGUAAAGUGUACAUCUGUUGUGGGGAGUAAGAG